CCCAUAGAAGUGAGAUCUAUCAUAGAUAAUGUAUUAGUUUUCUCAGGCUACAAUAAAAAGCAAAGUAUCAUACAACUGGACAACUUAAAUAAUAGGAAUUUAUUUUUCACAUUUCUAUGGGCUAGCAGCCUGAGAUCCCAGUGUUAACAGGGUUGGUUUCUUCUACGGGCCGUGAAGGAAGGGUCUAUUCCAUCCCUCUCAUUUGCCUAAAUGGCCAUCUUUUUGUGUCCUUACCCUGGUUUUUUUUUGGGGUUUUUUUUUUUUUUUUUGGUGUUAGAGUAUGUUCAAAUUUCUUCUCAUUAAGAUUCCAGUCAUUUUGGAUUAGAGCCUUUCCUAGUGACUUCAUUUUAACAUGGCCAUCUUUUUAAAUACUCUGUCUCCAAAUAUGAUCAUAUUCUGACAUACUAGGGCUUAAGAUUUCAACAUAUGAACUUGGAAGAUGGACAAAUAGAUCAGUCUAUGAUAUAUGCUUACAUAUAUAGUGAAGUACGUUAUAGGGGAGGACCACUGACAUUAGCAGAUUCAUCAUGGAAACAAGCUUGCUAUUUUCCAGGGCUGCUUUAUCUCAUUCUUCAAGUUUGCUGCAAACACAACCCUAAGAAAAGCCCUAUAUAAAAAGUAUUCUUAAUAUACUCAGCAAAGAUGUCCAAUAAUGUGGAUUGCCUUUCCGAAGCCAAUGUAGUCAAAAUAUUAAAUUAAUAACUGUACCAUAGUUAAAGUCUUUAUCAAUUCAGGUUCUGAUUUAUGUGGCUUGUAAAAUUGGUUUCACUUCUCUCAUAAUUAUCUACAUUGAAGAAAAAUUUAAGCCAUGUACUUUUUCUAAUUUUCCAUAAUUAUAUUUACAAAUAUCCUCAAUACUAAUUAGGGAAUAAGUUUAGAGCUUAGUCAACUCUUGUGUUGUCUGCGUUUUUUCCCUUUCAGUGCUGGGAAUUAAGCACAGGGCUUGCACAUGCUGGACAAGCACUCCACUACGGAGUAUAUCUACAGCCUGCUGCCUACUUUCGUUACAUAGAGUGGGAAGUAUUUUUUAACUUGAAGAGAUGAUUUCUUUACAACUUCAUAGUUGUUUAUAUCAAAAAUAUGUUAAAAGUAAUUAAAUAAUUCUUAUUCCAACAGAUGGAAUCACCCAUUGUAUAUGUAAUAAUUUUACUUUUGAACAUGUUGGAAUUUUCUUCAGGAAUAGUACACAAUAAUGGUGUUCCGAAGAAACAUUUCUCUUGCUCUAGCGAAGGGCUCCCCAAAACCAAUGAAAUAAUGAAGUUGUAUCUUUCCUCAAAACAUUUGGAAAUCAAAUGUUUUUUCCAAACGGAGAAUGAGCUUGUUUCCAAGGAGACGCUAAGUAUAUUCACAUCUGGAGGACUUGCUCCUACCUUGGAAAUCAUAAAUAGUACCUAUCAUGGCAUCUUCCUCUUUAAUUUAAUACUGUUUAGUGGUCAGAUUUUCUGGUUCAUUGAUAUUCCUAGAGAAAACAUCACAAGUAACACAGAUAUUGCUGCUGUAGAAGAAUGGUUAGUAAAGAUCACUUUACAUCAAGGAUUAAAUAUUUAUGCUACUGAAGGAACCUUAUUGGAUAGUGUUCGAGAACCUAUUCUUCAGUGGAAACUUGGAGAUGAAAUGUCAUCACAAGAGAUCAGUGUGUUAUAUCCACAUGUAAUAGAUCUCAAAGUGACAAAGUGCCCCUGUGCCAAUGAUGUAGCAUUACUUGGCUUCAUUUUGAAUACAACGUAUAAUGGCGUUUACAUAGGCCUAACCACAUCUGGAUUUUGGAAUUAUACUGAUACAUUGUGGUAUAACAUGACAAAUAUCAUCUACUCACACCUGCGAAGAGAAUACACAGGACUAUCAGUGAUGGAUAUGGUUUUAACAAAUCAUUUUUUAGUUCUCCUCACUUCUUUGGGUCUUUUUAUAAGUGGAGAUCUUCGGUAUCCUUUAGCCAAAGACUUAAAACUUUCCAGAGCAGAUUUUUGUGGUUUUGAAAGGACUGACUAUGUCAAAGGAAAAUUAUGGUAUAAUGAAAGAUGUUUUGCUAACAGAGAAAGUUUUGAAGUUGAUUAUGUUACUAUCACCUUUGACAGAAACAAGACCCUAAGUGAGGCAAGCUCUUGUUUUUAUAGUAAAGAACCAUUUCUUGACUGGUUACCUUGCUCACCUCAUGUUUUCAAUGAUGCAAAAAAUAUAUUUCCAAGUGAGAUAACAUUUCUUGUUGACCAAGAGCAUUACACAGGAGUUUAUCUUUUAUAUGACCAGAACAAGAAAAUUUCCACUGCCUCUGUGAGCAUAUUAAAAAAUAACAAACCAAGUAUCACACCAAAGUUUCCACCGUUCCAUUUCCCUUCGUCCUUCUCUGACCCCAUCGGAAUGGUGUUCCAUCCCCGAAGCCACCUUCUGUAUGCUUAUGGAAAUCAGGUAUGGCUUUCAGUGGAUGGUGGCAACACAUUUAAAUUAAUAGCUGACUUUUAUGGAGAUAAAAUAAAGACAACUCAUCAUUGUUUUUAUACUUCAGAUGUUAUUUUUGUUUCCCAAAGUGGGAAAGUUUACUUGACGAAGGCAGGACUAGAGACAUAUACUGAAAUUGGAAUUGUUAAUGAUACAGUUUUCACAUUAUACUAUGAUCACUUGGGAUUUGUACAUAAACUAACUCCAGAUCACUUUGAAUCCUCUGCAAACUCCAGAAUUUUUGGAAAGGUUCCUGAUAUGGGCUUUGAGACUGCACUUGCUAUGCAGUAUAUCUCCCCUGAUGAAGUACUCUUUUUUGCCUAUGUACCUCAAAAUGAACCUCAGCAAACUAUACACACCAAGAAUUUCAACAAUAUGCAUUUUGGAAAAUUGAUACAUUCCAGUAAAACUGGAACAGCUUACAUAAGAAAGAUCCUGCAACAUAAAACUCCGAAGGAAUUUUUAUCCUCAGUUAUUGCAGAAGUGAUACAGCCUUUUGUAGUAGAAGAAGUGAAUGAGAGCUCUUGUUUGUCUAGUUCUCUUUCCAUUAUUGAAGAAACUGGAAAUUUCACCUAUAAACUCACUCUGGAUUCACAAAUUGUUAAUGCCUUGUUUAACGUUACUGAUAUAGAGAAAACGGUGGUGAUUCCUGGUUACAGCAGCUUCCUGAUCACAAAUAUCCUAGAUGAUAAGAAUGCUUUAGCUAUUGCUACUAUGCCUGCAAUAGCACCCAACAAUGUAACCUUUCUAAAGGGCACCUGGUUCUUGUACAACUUUGGGCAAAAGAAUGGACGAACAUGGAAUAUAUACUCAAAGCCAUGUCAUUAUUUGCUUCAACAACUUGAUGACUCACCAACUCUCAGUGAUGUGAAAUACAUUGAUUUGGGAAGCUCUCAGACAUUACAAGUUAAAGUCAUACCUAAUAAAAAAAGUCUCAAAACACUUCAAGUCCCAACACUGAAAGUAUUAGUUGGAAACCCAAAGUUGUUGGAAAUUAAAGUUGAAGGCUCUUUUGAUGAUGCUGAUAGUUAUCUAAUGAAGAUUUCUGUGUCUAGCAAAACUUUUCAUCAAGGUUCCACUUCACUAGCAUUGAUCAUCUGGGGAGCGUCCACUGAGUGCUUUGUGACAACGCUGGUGCCAACUUUGAAAAGCAGCUGCAGCUACCUUACCUCCAUGCAUCAUGUUCCCAGCCAGCACAUCCCAAAGGAAGACUGGAUUAGUGGAGUUCACAAAGACAGCCAGGGUUUUAAUCUGAUCCAAACUUUGCCGGUAAACUACCGGCCUCCGUCUAUUAUGGGAAUUGCUAUUCCACUGACAGAUAAUUUUUAUCAUGCAGACCCUAGCAAGCCCAUACCAAGAAAUCUAUUCAGCAAGUCGAAGGAGACUGGUAGAUACAAACAGUGUGCUAAUGUCUCCACUCGAGAAGGGUGUAAUUGCACAGAUGAGCAGAAAUUCUCAUAUGCUGUUGCUUUCUCAGACUGCAAAGAAAAAGUUCCUCGUUUCAAGUUUCCGGUUACACAAUAUCCGAUUUCUUUGGAAAUUUUCAGUGACAAUAAAUUUGUUCCAGUGAAAUUUCCGUAUUUGGUUACUGUGACUGAAGUGAAUAACAGGAAAAACUGGCAGCUAAAACACAGUAUACCAGAAAAUAUGAAAAAAAUAAAGGCUUACUUAGAACCAAUUCUUCAGAGUUCAGUGUAUAAUCCCUCAGGCCUCAACUUAAGUAUAAAGGGCUCUGAACUUUUUCAUUUCAGAGUGUCCAUCAUUCCAGGGGUCACUUUCUGUAACCUGGUUGAAGAAUUUCAGAUUUACGUUGACGAAGUUCCACUGCCAUUCCCAGGACAUUCACUUAUCGCUGUUGCAGCAGCCUUUGUGCUAGGGGGAUUAAUUUUUUCAGCAUUUAUGCUCCAGCUGCACAACAUCCACCCAUGGAAGGCACUGCAGAGAUGGAUUAGAAGAAAAAAAUCAGCCGUGUCAAAUACCCCUGUCAUGUAGCUGGCUUACAGAUGAAAGUCUGGCAAGUGAACAAAUGAGAACCCAAAAUUCUCUUUAUUUUCUAGUCUUAUUAAAUAAAGCAUCAAAUGAUAUAUUCAAAUGUUGAAUAUAAACUACAUAAGUUACUAAAGAAUUACCAGCAUGACUCAAUCUUUGGUCAAUUUUUUGCCGUUCCAUUUUCUCACUUGGAAUACAUAGAAAAUUUCUUUCAGUUCAUCUAAAAAAGAGUUUCCUUGAGGUUUUUUGAAAAACAAAGUGAUAACCAACUCUAUGUGAAAUGGGUUUUCUAAAUUUUUUC